CGGCAGCAAAUUACAUUUGCCUACAUCUUGAUGUGGGUCUAGCUCGUUAGGCUAGAAGAAGCCUAUAACACGAGUUAUUUGGCCGUCUCGACAACAGAAGGGUUUUGGAGGGUUAACUCAUCCACGCAAACUGUGUCGAAAGCGCGCUACCGCGACUGUUUAUGGUGUGAAUAAGAGAAAGUGCGCGCAUAAGUGACCCACUGUCCUGCAAUGGCGCUUCCGCUGUUACUACUACUGGAGCUCGCGCUGUACGCCAGCUGCUUCAUUUGCGGGAUUGUUACAGCAGCUUUGGUAACAAUUGUGCAGGGCCACAGCGGGGGAAAGUGCUUGCUGUAUGGUGUGCUACAGUACAAUGCAUCUAGCAAGGUUAUCGACGUGACUUCCUCUAGUCUCCCAUCUCUCUGUUACUUUGUGUCGGCCAUUUCUGUGUGUGUGGCCAUCUUUUGUUUCUCCCUCACCCUCUACUGGGUCUACUCCAGCUGUGUGGAUGGAGAAGUCAGGAGCCGAGAGAGGCUGUGGUUAAACGUGACACUGGGGAUGUGCGGAGUCUUCCUGUUCUUCCUGCUCAUCAGCGGAUGCGUCCUGAAGAUUGGAAGAGAUAAGCUAUGCGAAUCUCUGCCAAAGUCCACCUUUAACAGGUGUGAUGAGGCUCAGAACUACACCUGGGCCAAGCCCUACAGUGGCAGCAAGUUCUACAGCAGUCUGCAGAGUGCAGAGACAUCGGUCUGGGUGAACUUCUUCUUCUGGCUCAUCAUCGGAGGCCUGACGUUUUUCCAGCUGAGGAAAGGCAGCACCGAGUACCGCGGUGGCGGAGAGGAUGCCGGGGCGAGCCCCUCCGAGACCGAGCCCUUCCUGGCUCGCCCUGGGCGACCCUAGUGACCCCCAGUACCCCCACCUGAGCCUCAUUCACUGACAUUUCCUCCUCGCCCCCCCAAACCCCACCCCCUCCUCGUAAGCACAAAACUGCUCAUCAUUGUCAUACUCGCCGACGCUCGCACAGAUACUCUACAGUGGCGGGGGUCUCCGCAGGCUCAGCUUGAAGGGGGUUAAUGUGACACAGGCCGCGGCUGAAUCACAGCCGACAUCUCUCUGGUUUUCACCCCCGCUGUCGCUGCCAAACUAGGGCCUGUUGCCAUAGUUACUGAUCUAGGGCUGGCAGUGUGCAUAGCUGGCGGCAUCAGUGCACCUUAGCUGAGUGCCAGCCCUCUGUCUCUCCACUGACCCAAGCUCACUGGAAACCCUGCACAAUUUCAGAGCUCUUUUUGAAAAACACCACAUCAUUGAUAUACUACUAGUGAUUUUUAAAAGGGCCAUUCCAUUGAAACGUGGCAGCUUGUAAUCAUCUGUUUAUUUUAAUAACAAUUUAAAAUUGAAAAUGGUACUUGGUCAACAUUUUCUGACGUCGGCAGAUUUCCAUAUGACCCAAAAUAAGGUCCGAUAGUCAUUAAUCAGUUGGUUUAUUUUGACAAAAAAAAGAAAGAACUAUCACCUCAUAUGGUCAGUCUGGGUUUACGUUCUGCACAAUGACCUACAACUGAGUAUACACCGAUUAACUCUGGGUGGUCAGAUACACGCAUGUUCUGAUUCACAUAACCUUGAAUUUGACAUGGUUUGAAGAUAGGACUCGAUUACCAAUUAUAUACAGUAGGACAGUGCACCAAUUAUUUUUUCCCUUGUGCUUUUCAUGUUAACGUCAGCCUGCCAUGCCAUAAUGUUUUUGUACAUUCAAUAUUUCAUAUAGACUGAUUAACAUCUCCCCCUGCUGUCCAGUCUAGCAACAGUCCAGUAGUGUGGUCAGGAUUUUUUCCCCCCUAUCUUUUUCUUGAGUUAGCUUCACAUACGCUUCUCUUGAUGCCAAGGCAGUCUUACAUUCAUGCAAUGUGUGUGAAGACUCUUCAUUUCAUGAGAUGGGAAAAGAAGAUAAACUAAGAUAAAGUGCAAAUAAAACGGCCCACAUUGAAACCAUUGAUUUUAAUCAUUAUUAUUCAUAUUUGUUUUCUCUCUUAAAAAAUAUGGUUUGAGAUCAGGUUUGUUGAUUGUGUUCAAUUGGAAACUUAAGUUUCCUUCCAGGUGUGAUAUGCUUUCAGCCCAAACUUGUAGUACCGAAGCAAUGACAAACAAUUUCCUCCUUUGAUGCCUUCAUUGAUUCUCUGACGACUGUGUGUUCCGUCUCCUUCGUCUGUUCCUGAGACCAGACGGGUGUGUAUUACAAAAUGACAUUAGUGCUAUGUAGAGCCUAAAGCCAAAGGUGCAUUCAAAUUUGGUAGUGUUUUCUCUUUGAACUUUUUACAUUUGAACAUUUGUGUAUAUAAACAUUUCAAAUGUUCUGCUUAAAAAAAAAAUGCUAAGUAAUAAUGCAAUCACACCUUUAUAUUUGGGCUUAACAUAGCACUAAUGUUGCUUCAUAGUAUACCCAGCAGGGUCUAAUUGUUUUCUUAGCUUGCAACCUGUUUACAACAUUUGUUUUCAUAUGGUUAUUUUUGGAUAAACAAUGUUUUCUUUCUUGCACUGACAUUUUGUAUUUAAAGCCUACAGUAGAUUUUACUUGGGUGGUUUUGAUACAACCACAUUUUUUUGUAUGGCUGUAUAUUACAAUAUUGAUGGAAAAAAGCUUGCCAAAUAAAUUUUCAUAUAGUUUCA